AUGUAUGGGCGUUACACACAGGAGCUCGGCGUGUACGCCAAGGAGGAGGCGGCUCGCCUGCGUGAUGGCGGGGGGUUGCGGCGGUCCACCAGUGCUCGCAGUCGGUCGGCAGAGCUGCUGGAGUAUGAGAAAGACCCCUGCGCCAAGUGUCAUGGUGAGUGACCGACUGACCGUAACAUGACCACACAUAUUUACUAAGAUAUCUAAUGACCUCAACAUGACCACUCAUAUUUAUUGACUUGUGUAAUGACCACAGAAAGACUACAGUGCCAAGUAUCAGAGUGAGCGAUCACUGUGCUCCUAUGACCGCUCCUAUGACUGCACCACAACCACUGGAUUGACAGCGUCAACCUAUGUUGCACUAACCACCUCAGUGAUCAUAAUCUCGGUUUAAACCAGAACUAAAGUCUUCCGUAAUUGGUCAGAUGCUCGAAAAAGUUCUGGGUCCAUACGUGUUAAGAGGAUCGGAACCAGAACGAAGAGCGCCACCCUUUCUCUUUGCAAGUUACGGGCAAGUCUAUGGGCCAAAUGUCCCCUCCCCUUCCAAAAUUCAAAAGAUGCUAACACCUGCGAAAUCGGGAUUUGUCAAAAUAACCAGUGAUGAAAAACCCACUGAAACUAAUGCCGCUCAUUAUCUCGCGCAUCCCAUUGUAUCAUGACAGAUCUACUUACCAUUUAUGUUUACGCAGUCUUUCCACGAGAGAUUACACUGACCAUAACCUGACCUAACCUGACUGCUCUGCUGUAUUGAACACAGAACACAUUUGAAGAGAGGUUCUGAUAUUAGUGGUGCACCCUAUCAGCCUCUAGUGAGAUAGAUAGGUAAAUUUGGCACUUAUGACACAGUAUGAUGACUGAUGAUCAAUCCUGUGCCAUGGCCUCGUGGGUGACAACACUGCUCUUCUGUCACUGUAAAAACAGCCCCCUCUGCUGGUAAUUAAUGGUCACAGUGUGUCUGUGAUGAUGAGGGCUGCUGUUGUGCAUAUCAAUAGUUCCUCUGUUGCCUUCAUCUUACUGCAUCACGCCUUUCAACCUCCUGGCUUUUCUCUCCAGAGUAGUACAAAAUGAUGAGGGCUAGGAACAAGGAGCGGAUCUGCGUAUGACUGCGUGUUGGCUGAAGUUUAUGGCUGUGUUCCAACUGCUUUCUAUCCUUGUCUCCUAUACUCUGUGCCCUUGUGGCUACUGAUCUCAUUAAGAUUGGAUAGGUGAAAGCAAUAUCAUAAAUACUCUGUCUAGCUGACUGGAAAAGAGCUUAGUGAAAAGAUUUGUUGUCAGAGUGAUUGGUUUAGGGACUUUUCUCUGUUAAUAAGCUAGCUAUCAGAAGUAGUUACUGAUCAAGUGUAGUACCUAUUGUUGUGUUCAGUGACCAGUCAAUUUAUUCUCAAUCUAUGUGCGCUAGAGAGAGAGAGAGAGAGAGAGAGAAAGAGAGAGAGAGAGAGAGAGAUUUAAAAUUGUACUAGGAAGACUGGUUUGCGUUCAAGCUAGAAUGAAUGGUGGCCGGCGCAUAGGAUACAAAAUAUCUAUAGAGUUAAAAAGGUACUCGCACUCAAACCAUGAAAAGGAAUAACCCAAUGAGGCCGAGAUGCAAAAAAAAAAAAAAAGGGUGAAAUUUCACAGUGCUAUAAAAAGAAAAAGGACCCAACUCGGCCUCUCUUCAAUAAGACUCUUGAGUACCAGCGAGAUCUUGCCACGUUCUUGUACAUGUUGUAUAACACGAGGAGAGCAGAGCCCAGCCAUCCUCCCACCAGAGGAGUAGGAGGAUGAGUGUGUGCCUCUGUUCUAUUCUGUGUGUGUGUGUGUGUGUGUGUGUGUGCCUCCCUCUGUUCUACUCCACAUCCAGAGCCACAGUUUGAGAGCCAAGCCUACACACUCCGUCAAAAGGCUGAGCUGCUCAUCGUGACGGUUAGCUUUAGAGAGCGCUAACAUGCUACGCUAACACUUAAUCCAGCGUGACUGACUCCUCUCACUCACCACCAUCGGCGUCUACUGUAUUCAAUAUAGUACACUGAGUUUAUAUGUAGUUCUACUGCAUUUUAUUGUGAUGAUCUGCGUGCGUAUAAACUUAACUUCCUUAGAUUGCGUGUUGAAAAAAAAAAUGUUUACAACCUGGAGUUGUGAGGGAAAGACUUGAGCCCAGAUAACAGGUUGUGGUUUCCAAAGUGUUUCCGGUAUUUAUUUAUCCUGUUUGAGGUGUUCUUCGAGACUUCAUUUGAGAUGUGCCAGUGCCUCUCAUGAAAUGGGCUUUUGCCAUUUUGUGCACUGGUUGCUAGUGAUUGUUGUAGCCUAUGCUUACGCUGAGGGAGUUUACGCUCACAUUUGUUUUGAUUAUUUUGGCCCACAUGUCAUUAUGUAAUUUAUUUUUGUAUGAUUCAUAUUCCGAACAGAAUAGAAAAAUAUGCAUCUGGCAGACCGUGUGUGUUUUGGAUUGAGAAGAAGACGUCUGUCACGCUACUGUGGCUGCUGAUAUAAGGACGGGCCAAGUCGCCCAUGCAAGCACUGGGCAGAGGGCCACACACCACGUGCCAAACUAGUGUGUGUUUGUGUGUAUCUGUUUGCCAGAACGUCCUCCUGAGAUGGCAUAGGUACCACUAGCGGUGGUGCCACUAGUUGAUGGUAGGACCGCUAGUCUGAUUUAUUGCCAUGGGAUAUCGUGGAAAUAGUCUGUACGACGAUAUUUCCUGUGAACAUUUUGUCAAAAAUGUCGACCUGCACAGGGAGGGACCAACCUCUAUUGUGGAAAAGUCUGUACAAUAAUAAUUUCCGGUUAACCUUUUUUUAUUUUAAAGAAGAGUGGACCCUAUAUAUUUUUAUGCUGUUUUCAGAAAAAGUAGAAAUUACAAGGCUAUACAGAUGAUUAGGGGAGAGAAAAUGGGAGGGGUCGAUGCAGGGAUUGGACCCAGGUCUCCAUCGGGGCGCAUGUGUGUCGAGAGCGGGAAGUGUUACCCCUUGAUCCCAGAUCUACACACUGUGAACAUUUUGUCCGAAAAUUCAAUCCCCCAACGAACCAACCGAGUAUUUGAAAUUUAAUUUUAUUAAUCGCCUAUCAAGAUAGCAAUGAGAAUAUACAGUGAGCUCCAAAAGUAUUGGGACAGUGACACAUUUUUUGUUGUUUUGGCUCUGUACUCCAGCACUUUGGAUUUGAAAUUAUACAAUGACUACGAGGUUAAAGUGCAGAUUAUCAGCUUUAAUUUGAGUAUUUGGUCCCAUAUUCCUAGCAUGCAAUGAUUACAUCAAGCUUGUUGGAUGCAUUUGCUGUUUGUUUUGGUUGUGUUUCAGAUUAUUUUGUGUCCAAUAGAAAUCAAUCAAAUGUAUUUAUAAAGCCCUUUUUACAUUAGCAGAUGUCACAAAGUACUAUACAGAAAACCAGCCUAAAACCCCAAACAGCAAGCAAUGCAGAUGUAGAAGCACGGUGGCUAGGAAAAACUCCCAAGAAAGGCAGGAACCUAGGAAGAAACCUAUAGAGGAACCAGGCUCUGCGGGGUGGCCAGUCCUCUUCUGGCUGUGUCGGGUGGAGAUUAUAAGAGUACAUGACCAUUAAGGCCAGAUUGUUCUUCAAGAUGUUAAAACGUUAAUAGAUGACCUGCAGGGUCAAAUAAUAAUCACAGUGGUUGUAGAGGGUGCAACAGGUCAGUAUCUCAGGAGUAAAUGUCAGUUGAAAAAAGCAGGUCCAGGACAAGGUAGCACGUCCGGUGAACAGGUCAGGAUUCUAUAGCAACAGCCAGAACAGUUGAAACUGGAGCAACAGCACGGCCAGGUGGACUGGGGACAGCCAGGAGUCAUCAGGCAAGGUAGUCCUGAGGCAUGGUCCUAGGGCUCAAGUCCUCUGGGAGGAGACAUACACUACCAGUCAAAAGUUUGGACACACCUACUCAUUCAAGGGUUUUUCUUUAUUUUUAAAUUUUUUUACAUUGUAGAAUAAUAAUGAAGGCAUCAAAACUAUUAAAUAACAUAUGGAAUCAUGUAGUAACAAAAUUAGUGUUAAACAAAUAUAUAUUAGAGAUUCUUCAAAGUAGCCACCCUUUGCCUUGAUGACAGCUUUGCACACUCUUGGCAUUCUCUCAACCAGCUUCAUGAGGUAGUCACCUGGAAUGGAUUUCAAUUAACAGGUGUGCCUUCUUAAAAGUUAAUUUGUGGAAUUUAUUUCCUUCUUAAUGCGUUGGAGCCAAUCAGUUGUGUUGUGACAAGGUAGGGUUGGUAUACAGAAGAUAGCCCUAUUUGGUAAAAGACCAAGUCCGUAUUAUGGCAACAACAGCUCAAAUAAGCAAAGAGAAACGACAGUCCAUCAUUACUUUAAGACAUGAAGGUCAGUCAAUACGGAAAGUGCAGUCGCAAAAACCAUCAAGCCCUAUGAUGAAACUGGCUCUCAUGAGGACCGCCACAGGAAUGGAAGACCCAGAGUUACCUCUGCUGCAGAGGAUAAGUUCAUAAGAGUUACCAGCCUCAGAAAUUGCAGCCCAAAUAAAUGCUUCACAGAGUUCAAGUCAUAGACACAUCUCAACAUCAACUGUUCAGAGGGGACUGUGUGAAUCAGGCCUUCAUGGUCGAAUUGCUGCAAAGAAACCACUACUAAAGGACACCAAUAAGAAGAAGAGACCUGCUUGGGCCAAGAAACACAAGCAAUGGACAUUAGACUGGUGGAAAUCUGUCCUUUGGUCUGGAGUCUAAAUUGGAGGUUUUUGGUUCCAACCGCCGUGUCUUUGUGAGAGGCAGUGUGGGUGAACAGAUGAUCUCUGCAUUUGUAGUUCCCACCGUAAACCAUGGAGGAGGAGAUGUUAUGGUGUGGGAGUGCUUUGCUGGUGACACUGUCUGUGAUUUAUUUAGAAUUCAAGGCACACUUAACCAGCGAUACGCCAUUCCAUCUGGUUUGGGCUUAGUGGGACUAUCAUUUGUUUUUCAACAGGACAAUGACCCAACACACCUCCAGGCUGUGUAAGGGCUAUUUUACCAAGAAGGAGAGUGAUGGAGUGCUGCAUCAGAUGACCUGGCCUCCACAACCCACCGACCUCAACCCAAUCGGGAUGGUUUUGGAUGAGUCGGACCACAGAGUGAAGGAAAAGCAGCCAACAAGACACUGUGGCCCCGUCCGACAGGGCCAACCAGGCAGGAUAUAACCCCAACCACUUUGCCAAAGCACAGUCCCCACACCACUAGAGGGAUAUCAACAGACCACCAACUUACUACCCUUAUACAAGGCUGAGUAUAGCCCACAAAGAUCUCCUACACCGCACAAGCCCAAGGGGCGCAAAACCGGACAGGGAGGUCACGUCAGUGACUCAACCCACUCAGGGACGGCAUGGAAGAGCACUAUUAAGCCAGUGACUCAGCCCCCGUAAUAGGGUCAGAGGCAGAGAAUCCCGGUGGAGAGAGGGGAGCCGGCCAGGCAGAGACAGCAAGGGCGGUUUGUCGCUCCAGUGCCUUGCCGUUCACCUUCGCACCCCUGGGCCAGACUACACUCAAUCAUAGGACCUACUGAAGAGAUGAGUCUUCAGUAAAGACUUAAAGGUUCAAAUCAAAUCAAAUCAAAUGUUAUUUGUCACAUACACGUGUUUAGCAGAUGUUAUAGCGGGUGUAGCGAAAUGCUUGUGCUUCUAGCUCCGACAGUGCAGUAAUAUCUAACAAUUUCACAACAUAUACCCAAUACACACAAAACUAGUAAGGAAUGGGAUUUAAAAUAUAUACAUAUACAGUGAGGGAAAAAAGUAUUUGAUCCCCUGCUGAUUUUGUACGUUUGCCCACUGACAAAGAAAUGAUCAGUCUAUACUUUUAAUGGUAGGUUUAUUUGAACAGUGAGAGACAGAAUAAAAAUAAAAAAAUCCAGAAAAACGCAUGUCAAAAAUGUUAGAAAUUGAUUUGCAUUUUAAUGAGGGAAAAAAAUAUUUAAUCCCCUCUCAAUCAGAAAGAUUUCUGGCUCCCAGGUGUCUUUUAGGGCGGCAGGUAGCUUAGUGGGUAAGAGCGUUGUGCCAGUAACCGAAAGGUCGCUGGUUCUAAUCCCCGAGCCGACUAGGUGAAAAAUCUGUCGAUGUGCCCUUAAGCAAGGCACUUAACCCUAAUUGCUCCUGUAAGUCGCUCUGGAUAAGAGCGUCUGCUAAAUGACUAAAAUGUAAAUGUAAAAUGUUUUAUACAGGUAACGAGCUGAGAUUAGGAGCACACUCUUAAAGGGAGUGCUCCUAAUCUCAGCGUGUUACCUGUAUAAAAGACACCUGUCCACAGAAGCAAUCAAUCAAUCAGAUUCCAAACUCUCCACCAUGGCCAAGACCAAAGAGCUCUCCAAGGAUGUCAGGGACAAGAUUGUAGACCUACACAAGGCUGGAAUGGGCUACAAGACCAUCGCCAAGCAGCUUGGUGAGAAGGUGACAACAGUUGAAGCGAUUAUUCGCAAAUGGAAGAAACACAAAAUAACUGUAAAUCUCCCUCGGCCUGGGGCUCCAUGCAAGAUCUCACCUCGUGGAGUUGCAAUGAUCAUGAGAACGGUGAGGAAUCAGCCCAGAACUACACGGGAGGAUCUUGUCAAUGAUCUCAAGGCAGCUGAGACCAUAGUCACCAGGAAAACAAUUGGUAACACACUACGCCGUGAAGGACUGAAAUCCUGCAGCGCCCACAAGGUCCCCCUGCUCAAGAACGCACAUAUACAGGGCCGUCUGAAGUUUGCCAAUGAACAUCUGAAUGAUUCAGAGGAGAACUGGGUGAAGAUGAGUCAGAUUUGGUCGGAUGAGACCAAAAUGGAGCUCUUUGGCAUCAACUCAACUCGCCGUGUUUGGAGGAGGAGGAAUGCUGCCUAUGACCCCAAGAACACCAUCCCCACCGUCAAACAUGGAGGUGGAAACAUUAUGCUUUGGGGGUGUUUUUCUGCUAAGGGGACAGGACAACUUCACCGCAUCAAAGGGACGAUGGACGGGCCAUGUACCGUCAAAUCUUGGGUGAGAACCUCCCUCCCUCAGCCAGGGCAUUGAAAAUGGGUCGUGGAUGGGUAUUCCAGCAUGACAAUGACCCAAAACACAUAGCCAAGGCAACAAAGGAGUGGCUCAAGAAGAGGCACAUUAAGGUCCUGGAGUGGCCUAGCCAGUCUCCAGACCUUAAUCCCAUAGAAAAUCUGUGGAGGGAGCUGAAGGUUCGAGUUGCCAAACGCCAGCCUCGAAACCUUAAUGACUUGGAGAAGAUCUGCAAAGAGGAGUGGGAUAAAAUCCCUCCUGAGAUGUGUGCAAACCUGGUGGCCAACUACAAGAAACGUCUGACCUCUGUGAUUGCCAACAAUGGUUUUGCCACUAAGUCAUGUUUUGCAGAGGGGUCAAAGACUUAUUUCCCUCAUUAAAAUGCAAAUCAAUUCAUAACAUUUUUGACAUGCGUUUUUCUGGAUUUUUUUUUUGUUAUUCAUUGUUCAAAUAAACCUACCAUUAAAAUUAUAGACUGAUCAUGUCUUUGUCAGUGGGCAAACGUACAAAAUCAGCAGGGGAUCAAAUACUUUUUUCCCUCACUGUAUGGACAAGCAAUGACAGAGCGGCAUGGACUAAGAUACAGUAGAAUAUUAUAGAAUAGAAUGCAGUAUAUACAUAUGAGAUGAGUAGUGCAAGAUAUGUAAACAUUAUUAAAGUGACUAGUGUUCCAUUUCUUAAAGUGGCCAGUGAUUUAAAUAGGCAGCAGCAGCCUCUAAUGUGCUAGUGAUGGCUAUUUAACAGUCUGAUGGCCUUGAGAUAGAAGCUGUUUUUCAUUCUCUCGGUCCCAGCUUUGAUGCACCUUUACUGACCUCGCCUUCUGGAUGAUAGCGGGGUGAACAGGCAGUGGCUCGGGUGGUUGAUGUCCUUGGUGAUCUUUUUGGCCUUCCUGUGACAUCGGGUGCUGUAUGUGUCUUGGAGGGCGGGUAGUUUGCCCCCGGUAAUGUGUUCGGCAGACCGCACCACCCUCUGGAGAGCCCUGCGGUUGUGGGCGGUACAGUUGCCGUACCAGGCGGUGAUACAGGAUGCUCUCAAUUGUGCAUCUGUAAAGGUUUGUGAGGGUUUUAGGUGCUAAGCCGAAUUUCUUCAGCCUCCUGAGGUUGAAGAGGCUUUGUUGCGCCUUCUUCACCACACUGUCUGUGUGGGUGGACCAUUUCAGUUUGUCGGUGAUGUGUACUCCAAGGAACUUGAAGCUUUCCACCUUCUCCACUGCGGUCCAGUCGAUGUGGAUAGGGGGGUGCACCCUCUGCUGUUUCCUGAAGUCCACGAUCAUCUCCUUUGUUUUGUUGAUGUUGAGUGAGAGGUUAUUUUCCUGGCACCACACUCCCAGAGCCCUCACCUCCUCCCUGUAGGUGGUCUUGUCAUUGUUGGUAAUCAAGCCUACUACUGUUGUGUCGUCUGCAAACUUGAUGAUUGAGUUGGAGGCGUGCUUGGCCACGCAGUCAUGGGUGAACAGGGAGAGACCAAGUCUGCGUCUCUCACAUGGAUAGGCAGACCAUUCCAUAAAAAUUUAGCUCUAUAGGAGAAAGCCUCCAGCUGUUUGCUUAGAAAUUCUAGGGACAAUAAGGAGGCCUGCGUCUUGUAACCGUAGCGUACAUGUAGGUAUGUACGGCAGGACCAAAUCUGGGAGAUAAGUAGGAGCAAGCCCAUGUAAUACUUUGUGGGUUAGCAGUAAAACCUUGAAAUCAGCCCUAGCCUUAACAGGAAGCCAGUGUAGAGAGGCUAGCACUGGAGUAAAAUGAUACCUUUUUUUCUAGCAGCCGUGUUUAUUUAGUGCUUUAUCCGGGUAGCCGGAGAGUAGAGCAUUGCAGUAGUCUAAUCUAGAAGUGACAAAAGCAUGGAUUAGCUUUACGGCAUCAGUUUUGGACAAACGUUUCUGUCGGGUUUUUUUGCAAUGUUAUGAAUGGAAAAAGCUUUCCUUGAUAUUCUUCCUAAGUUUGUCAAAGAGAGAUCAGGGUCCAGAGUAAACCGAGGUCCCUUCGUUUUUAUGUCGACGACUGUACAACCAUCAAGAUUCAUUGUCAGAUCCAACAGCAGAUCUCUUUUCUGACCUACCUAGCAUCUUGUUUGUCGAUUUAAAACAAAAAAAACCUCUGCAUCACUUACUAUGUCUAACAAAGCUCAGGUGUUUUGGGGCUCCCAUUUUCAUCAAUCAAUCAAUUUUAUUUAUAAGCCUCUUACAUCGCUUAUCUCGAGUGCUGUAGAAACACACCUAAGCUUGCAGUGUGAAGCACGGUGUAGAAAAUCCCUAGAAGCAAACUGGAGAACCUAGAAGGAACAGCUAUGAGGGUGCUUCCGGUUGCGGGGGAGAUUCACUGCCAGAUGUUAAAAUGUCAUAGUGAAAUGUACAGAUGUGUGUCGUGUCCGCAUAGCAGUAGAAGAAGUGACAGUGUUGACAUUUCCCAGUGAACAUCACCAAGAGGGUAGAUUAUAUAUAGUGAAAACAUAGUGGUCCUUAAAACGGAACCUUGGGAACACCAGAAACGUUUACAAUUGAAUUGUCAGUCGGACAAACCAUUCCACAGAGCACGAACGAUUAUCUUUCCGACAGAUAAGAUCUAAACCAGGGAAGGACUUGUCUGUGUAGACCAAUUAGCGUUUCCAAUCUCUCCAAAAGAAUGUGGUGAUCGAUGGUGUCAAAAGCAGCACUAAGGUCUAGGAGCACGAGGACAGAUGCAGAGCUUUGGUCUGACGCCAUUAAAAGGUAAUUUACCACCUUCACGAGUGCAGACUCAGUGCUAUGAUGGGGACUAAAACCAGACUGAUGCGUUUCGUAUACAUUAGUUGUCUUCAGGAAGGCAGUGAGUUGCUGCACAACAGCUUUUUCAAAAAAAAAUUGAGAGGAAUGGGAGAUUCGAUAUCGGCUGACAGUUUUUUACAUUUUCCAGGUCAAGGUUUGGCUUUUUCAAGAGAGGCUUUAUUACUGCCACUUUUAGUGAGUUUGGUACACAUCCGGAGGAUAGGGAGCCGUUUAUUAUUAUGUUCAACAUAGGAGGGCCAAGCACAGGAAGUAGUUCUUUCAGUAGUUUAGUUGGAAUAGGGUCCAGUAUGCAGCUUGAAGGUUUAGAGGCCAUUACUAUUUUCAUGAAUGUGUCAAGAGAUACAGGAUGAAAAAACUUGAGUGUCUCCAUUGAUCCUAGGUCCUGGCAGUUCUGUGCAGACUCAGGACAACUGAGCUUUAGAGAAAUAUGCAGAUUCAAAAAGGAGUCCGUAAUUUGCUUUCGUCAAAGAAGUUCAUGAAUUCAUCACUGCUGAAGUAAAAGCCAUCCUCUCUUUUGGAAUGCUGCUUUUUAGUUAGCUUUGCGACAGUAUAAAAAAUAAAUGUUGGAUUGUUCUUAUUCUCCUCAAUUAGGUUGGAAAAAUAGGAUGAUCGAGCAGCAGUGAGGGCUCUUCGAUAUUGCACGGUACUGUCUUUCCAAGCUAGUCGGAAGACUUCCAGUUUGGUGGCGCUCCAUUUCCGUUCCAAUUUUCUGGAAGCUUGCUUCAGGGCUCAGGUAUUUUCUCUAUACCAGGGAGCUAAUUUCUUGUGAGAAAUGUUUUUUGUUUUUAGGUGUGCGACUGCAUCUAGGGUAUUUUGCAAGGUUACAUUUUGAUCCUAAGUUAGGUGGUUAACCGAUGUUUGUACUCCGACGUCCUUGGGUAGAUGGAGGGAGUCUGGAAGGGCAUCUAGGAAUCUUUGGGUUGUCCGAGAAUUUAUAGCACGGCUUUUGAGGAUCCUUGGUUGGGGUCUGAGCAGAUUAUUUGUUGCGAUCGCAAACGUAAUAAGAUGGUGGUCCGAUAGUCCAGGAUUAUGAGGAAAAACAUUUAGAUCCACAAUAUUUAUUCCAUGGGACAAAACUAGAUCCAGGGUAUGACUGUGGCAAUGUGUAGGUCCGGAGACAUGUUGGACAAAACCCACUGAAUCGAUGAUGGCUCCGAAAGCCUUUUGGAGUGGGUCUGUGAACUUUGCGGGACGCGCAGAGGAUAUGGUCACUAGUGUAACCAGGAGGAGAGGCCUCAUUUAACACAAUACAUUUAUCAGGCUUGAGCCAUGUUUCAGUCAGGCCAAUCACAUCAAGAUUAUGAUCAGUGAUUAGUUCAUUGACUAUGACCGCCUUUGAAGUAAGGGAUCUAACAUUAGGUAGCCCUAUUUUGAGAUGUGAGAUAUCACAAUCUCUUUCAAUAAUGACAGGAAUGGAGGAGGUCUUUAUUCCAGUGAGAUUGCUAAGGUGAACACCGCCAUGUUUAGUUUUGCCCAACCUAGAUCGAGGCAGAGACACGGUCUCAAUGGGGAUAACUGAAUUAAGUGAUAAUGCCCGAGAAGCCGGUCUUUGGAGGAUAUAUUGGCACGGGGUGUUGUUAGGCCCUCCAAACACUGCUUUCGAGGGCAUUAUCACUUUUAUACAACAGGUUACCAAUAUAUUCAAAUAAUUUUCAUUAAAAACUUUAUUUUGAUUAAUUUAAUAAUGAUAUUUCAUCCUUCCACAAGAUAUAGUCCCGACACAAAUCUAGGGUUCCUAUCCAAGCCGGCUGGUCAUUUGUUCUAUUGGUUCGGUUGCCAGAGACGCGACCCAGACGUUCUGUUUUUUUGUUCUGUAUCCAGUCGUUCGUUCUAAAUGUUCCAUUGCCAUACUGGCUGGCAACGUUCUUAGCCCUUGCUUGCUAACUAGCCAACUACGGUUAACUUACAGUCACAUCAAAAAGUGCAGCCAGAAUAACAGCAAAGUAGCUGCAUUUGCAUUUGUUUAAGCUGUUUUCUAGUGACAUUUAUUUGGAUACAUCCAUGGCAAUGAGCUAAUGAGGCGCGAUUUCGCCUGGCAUAGAAAAUGUGCUCACUCGUCAGGACACUAUUGUUCAGAGGAGCUAGCCAACAACACAGCUAACACAAUCACUUCAAACUGAAGCUAAAAAGACUGCAAACUAGCUGCACUUCAUUUCAUUGUACCUUUUUUCAAUGUACCUUUUUUUGUAUAUAUCCAUAAAAAUGAUGCAGGCUGAUUCAUGAUUUUGACUGGCUGAGAAACGCUGCCUGCCUGUUUGUCUCGUCCCGACUCGUUCAUUACUAUGGGACAGCUGGAGAUCGAAUUUGAAUAUUGAAACAAUUUAGCAAAUGUCGGAGAGACAGAUAGCAAGGUUUAUACAAAUCUCCGCUGUUGAAAACUAAAUGUUAGUCAACAAGAAAUGUGAGAAAAUGUCUAGAUGCUUUUUAUAGUGGAGAUCAAGUUUAUAAAUUGCUUGGCUGGGUUGAUGAGACAGUGGGUUGCGCAGUCAGAUGGAACAGAGUAAAUAGGCAUUUUAACGUCAUAGAUUUAACCGGUUGUAACUUGUGGAAUAGACAACGGCUGGAAUGCAGUUUUAACCAAUCAGCAUUCAGUAUUAGACCCACCCGUUGUAUAAUGGUAAAUAAUGUAUUGUGUAAUUUUGGAGUCACUUUUAUUGUAAAUAAGAAAAGAAUAUGUUUCUAAACACUUCUACAUUAAUGUGGAUGCUACCAUUAUAAUGGAUAGUCCUGAAUGAAUCGUGAAUAAUGAUGAGUGAGAAAGUUACAGAUACACAAAUAUCAUAGCAUGCUCUUCAAUCGAACGCUGCUGGCACCCGCCCACCCGACUAGAAUCACUACUCUCGACGGGUCUGACCUAGAGUAUGUGGACAACUACAAAUACCUAGGGGUCUGGUUAGACUGUAAACUCUCCUUCCAGACUCACAUUAAGAAUCUCCAAUCCAAAGUUAAAUCUAGAAUCGGCUUCCUAUUUAGCAACAAAGCCUCCUUCACUCAUGCUGCCAAACAUGCCCUUGUAAAACGGACUAUCCUACCGAUCCAUGACUUUGGCGAUGUCAUUUACAAAAUAGCCUCCAACACUCUACUCAGCAAAUUGGAUGUUGUCUAUCACAGUGCCAUCCGUUUUAUCACCAAAGGCCAAUAUACUACCCACCACUGUGAACUGUACGCUCUUGUUGGCUGGUCCUCACUACAUAUUCGUCGCCAAACCCACUGGCUCCAGGCCAUCUAUAAAUCACUGCUAGGCAAAUCCCUGCCUUAUCUUAGCUCAUUGGUCACCAUAGCAACACCCACCCGUAGUAUGCGCUUCAGCAGGUAUAUCUCACUGGUCAUCCCCAAAGCCAACACCUCCUCUGGCCGCCAUUCCUUCCAGUUCUCUGCUGCCAAUGACUGGAACGAAUUGCAAAAAUCUCUGAAGCUGGAGACUCUUAUCUCCCUCACUAACUUUAAGCAUCAGUUGUCAGAGCACCUUACCGAUCACUGCACCUGUACACAGCCCAUCUGAAAUUAGCCCACCCAACUACCUCAUCCCCAUAUUGUUAUUUAUUUUGCUCAUUUGCACCCCGGUAUCUCUAUUUGCACAUCAUCUCUUGCACAUCUAUCAUUCCAGUGUUAAUACUAAUUGUAAUUAUUUUGCACUAUAGCCUAUUUAUUGCCUUACCUCCAUAACUUGCUACAUUUGCACACACUGUAUAAUAUUUUCUUGGUUGUAUUUUGACUUUAUUUUGGUUUACCCCCAUAUGUAACUCUGUGUUGUUGGGGAAACCAAUUGUAAAGUGUUACCCCUAGGGGUGAACGCACCAAUUGGUGAGUCGCUCUGGAUAAGAGCGUCCUGCUAAUGACGUAAAUGUGCCCUUGAGCACGGCAGUUAAACCCUAAUUGCUCCGGUAAGUCGCUCCUGGAUAAGAGCGUCUGCUAAAAUGACUAAAUGUAAAUGUAAAUGUUUGUUGUUUUUUAUCGCACGGCUUUGCUUUAUCUGGCCAGGUCGCAGUUGUAAAUGAGAACUUGUUCUCAACUGGCUUACCUGGUUAAAUAAAGGUGAAAUAAAUAAAAAUAAAUACCCCCAAGACAUGCUAACCUCUCACCAUUACAAUAACAGGGGAGGUUAGCAUUUUUUGGGGGGUAUGAUAUUUGUAGCUAGGAUAGUCCACUCAGUAACAAUUUGCCACUGUUUUCCAUGGAGUCCUGGGUUCCAUAUCAUCAAUAAAAACAGAUCAAAACAUUUCUGUGUAUUCAAACAAACACAUUUCAACUUGACUGUUACUAUUUGCAUGUAAUGAUCAUAUAUAAUUGAACAAUUCACAAAUGCAAACAUAAAGCAUUUAACACUCAACUGUCUCUGUUUUGAUUCUGAACAGUCUUUGUUUUUAGUCCGUAAGACUAGUCAGACAAGGAGGUACACUACAUCUCAUUCCAAAAUCAUGGGCAUUAGUAUGGAGUUGGUCCCCCCUUUGCUGCUAUAACAGCCUCCACUCUUCUGGGAAGGUUUUGCACUAGAUGUUGGAACAUUGCUACGGGGACUUGCUUCCAUUCAGCCACAAGAGCAUUAGUGAGGUCAGGCACUGAUGUUGGGCGAUUAGGCCUGGCUCGCAGUCGGCGUUCCAAUUCAUCCCAAAGGUGUUCGAUGGGGUUGAGGUCAGGGCUCAAUGCAGGCCAGUCAACUUCUUCCACACCGAUCUCAACAAACCAUUUCUGUAUGGACCUUGCUUUGUGCAUGGGGGAAUUGUCAUGCUGGAACAGGAAAGGGCCUUCCCCAAACUGUUGCCACAAAGUUGGAAGCACAGAAUCGUCUAGAAUGUCAUUGUCUAGAAUGUCAUUGUAUGCUGUAGUGUUUGCCAUGUGUUUCAUGCUAUUCCAUUUGCUCCAUUCCAGCCAUUAUUAUGAGCCUUCUUCCCCUCAGAAGCCUCCACUGUCAUCCACAAUGAGCUCUGUUUCCUUUUGUGAAUCAAAGUAUGACAUGGUGGAGUCACUGGUUUGUGCUGUCUUAAUUUUUUUCAGCGCUGUUUCCUGUUCCUCACCCCACUGCCAUGGAACAUCCUUCUUUGUGAGCUACCGUAGUGGCACAUUGAUGGUGGCAUAAUCCUGAAUGAAACCUGAGCAGUAGUUGGCCAUGCCGAGAAGAUUCAUUAUUUGACUUGCAUUUUGGGGAUUGCUGGCCUUGUGAAUGGCAAUGACUUUUUUUGGGUCAGCUGAGAUACCACCAGCAGAGAAGAUGAAACCAAAGAACUUUCGAACAAUACUCUCAGGCUGUUAUUGUGGUGAGCUUGUGUUGCUCCAUACACAAUGAUGUCGUCGCUGAGGUUUUUCACACCUGCAAUGCCUUAGAGUGUCUGACAGAUAGCAUUCUGGAACACCUCUGCAGCUGAAGUGAUACCUAAGUUCAAUCAUUUAUACCUCCUCAGGCCUAGAUGAGUGGUGAACGUGGUCAUAUCUGCUGUCGGGUGUAGUUAAUGUUGGUGAUAUCCAGCUUUUAGAUCCAGCUUGGAAAACACUGUGGUUCUGUUGAGCUUGUGGAUGACGUCGUCCAUGGUGUGAUGUGACAUUCACGUAGAAUGGCUGUAUUGGCUUCGCACUUGUCUGCGCAGACUCUGACCUUGUCUGGGUCCUUGGGUUUUGAGGGUGUCACGAUGGGGGAGACCCAGGGUGUAGGGCCUGCCACCCCACUGGGCAAAAACUAGUUGAAUCAACGUUGUUUCCACGUCAUAGCAACCAAAUUCAAUGUGAUUACUUUAAAUCAAUGUGGAACACUGAUUGGAUUGGGGAAAAAGUAAUCAACGUAAGGGAAUUUAGUCUUUUUUUCACCCAACUUUUAACCUAAAUCCAAUGACAUGGUGAAAUAUUUUGUUGAUUUCACGUUGAAUUCACAUUAGUUAACAACUCAACCAAAUGUAAAUCAAGACUAGACGUUGAACUGACGUCUGUUCCCAGUGGGACCGUCUCGACGAUGUCAUCAGUCUCCAGUGGUUAUAGCUCCCCGGAUGUGGAAGGGCACACGCCUGUGUGGUUGGCAUGUGGGCUGGACUUUGGUAUCUGUGUGUAGUUUCACCUGGGAAUCAUUCAACUCUCCGAUUCCAUUGAACAUUCUGGAUGGUUGUCCACAAGUUCAUCUGCCGCUGUGCGCUUGACUGGUGAGGGAGACGGAGUUGAUUAUCUUGAUCAGGCUUAGCUCCUCAGUUGUUUGGUAGCUUAGCAGGGAGUAGCCAUCACCUUGAAUGACAUAGAAUGUGCUCUGAGUUUUCUUGUCUUGCCUCUACAUUGCAUGUGAGUGCACCAGCAAUGUGCAGUGGGUUUGUGGAGCCAUGUGAACAUAUCUUGAUUUUGGCCUGGCUGAGCUGCGGCCGUGGCUUAAGUGUAUUGAAAACCACCUCUGAUAAUGUUCACUGCAGCCCCUGUCUAUCAGAACUACUACUCUGACACCAUUUAGCUGAAUGUGUGUCUGUGGUUGUCUAACACUUGUCACUGUUAACCACAAACACACAGGCAUCAUCACUGCUUGAUGAAUCUCGCCUCGCACUUUCACUAUGUGUUGCGCUUACUUGGUUAACUUUCUGCCGUGAUCUGUGUCGUUUAGCAUUGUCUCUGGUGUCUGUGUGCUGCUCAUGUUUUGCUUUUGAUCGACACUGCUUUUCAAAGUGAUUUUGUAGUACUAUGGCUCUACCAUGAGGUGUCGUAUUACACGAGUGUUGUCGUAAACAAUGUAGUAAAUGUUACUGCACUGUCGGACAUAGAACAUUACAUGUAUGUGUGCCUGUGUGUGUAUAUUCCAACUCAAUGUGUUUGUGUCCAUGUGUGCAUAUGUGUGUGUGCAUGCUCACCUGAGUGUGUGUGCACGCCCAUGCGCAUGUGUGGGCGAGGUGCCAUUCAGCAGGUGCCCUGGCUGGCUGUCGUCAUCUGGGCCUAUCACGCUGCCACAAACACAGUUGUGCCCCUGCUUCCCUCAAUGUCCCCCUGUGACCUGCCCUCUAUACCCCGGCUACUGCCCCCAUCGCUCUCUGUCUGUCAGUUGCUUUCUCUCUCUCUCUCUCUCUCUCUCUCUCUCUCUCUCCCUCUCUCCUCUCUCCUCUCUUCUCCUUCACUCCUCUCUUCUCUCAUCCACUCUCCAUCUCUCUCUCUCCUCUCUCUCUCACUCUUCUCUCAUCUCUCUCCUCUCUCUCUUCUCUCGUCUCUUCUCUCUCUCUCUCUCUCUCUCUUCUCCAUCUCUCUCUCUCUCUCUCUCUCCUCUCUCUCUCUCUCUCAUCAUCUCGCGCCCAUUCAAUUGAGAAUAUUGACUGUCAAUGAACACAACAAUAGUACUAACACUUACACAUAAUUCUCUCUCUCUCGAUCCUAUCUAUUAACAGAGAAAGUUCUGUCUCUCCCUUGAUUUAUCAUUCCUCUCCCUCUUAUCUCUUUCCUUUUCCCCCUCUCCCUCCAUCUUUCUCUCUCACUUGUCCAUCUCUCCCUCCCUACAUCAAUAUUUAUCUCGCCAUCUCUCACCAAGAUAACACGUUUGAAUUUCAAAUCAGUAGUAUAUGUUUAUUUAAGGACAAAGUGAUAUUGAUAUCCUUGUGGCAGUGAAGGGACAUUGGUUAAAUACAGAAAAUGUACAGAAACUGUGUCAGUAGAACACUUUUAGUGUCUUGAGGGACACAGUCCAUGAAUGCUCUAAACACUAAACCAGUAGAAUUCCAGACUUUGCCAGUUCAUAGAAAAAGGAGAAUAAAAUGAGUCCAAUGAAGCCUCUUUUCACUGACCUAACCUUAUUUAUAUAUAUAUAUAUAUAUAUUUUACAUAUCAGCCCAUAGCCUCUCAAAGGCUGUGUCCCAAAUGGCACCCUAUUUGCUAGUGCACUACUUUUGACCAGAGCCCUAUGGUCCCAAAAAUAGUGCCCUAUAUAGGGAAUAGGGUGCCAUUUGGGACACAGUCUUUGAGAGGCUAUGGGCUGAUAUGUCUGUGUAGUAAGACAAAGACAGACAUAUAGAGAAAUAGGUCAGCUAAAAGAGGCUUUAAUGGACUCAAUUUAUUAAUGGACUGUAUCCCUCAAGAUACUCAAAGUGUUCUACUGACACAGUUGCUGUACAUUUUCUGUAUUUAACCAAUGUACCUUCACUGCCACAAGGAUAUCAAUAUUACUUUAUCCUUAAAUAAACAUAUACUAACUAUAGUGCAGUUUGAUAGUGCAGUUUAAGGAGAUUUUACAGCUAACCACUGUAGCUAUUUCACAUGCUGAUAUUGACUUUGGUAUUAUUGAGUGAUCAUUGGCUAGAACUCGAAUUGCUAGGAGGCUGGCCCACGUGGGGGAACAUUUAGGGAAAAUGGUGCAGCACAGCUUUCAAACUAAGGAUUUCGUGGCUAAUUGAGGUAAGACAGUAAUUCUGCUAAUAGAUUAUGCAUGUAUGAACUACACAUUGAUACAUCCAGCCCAAAGUGGGGGAUUGAAAAAAUACUUAAUAGUCGUCAAAGUUCCAGAGCAUGUCUUUAAAGGAAAAAUCCACCCAAAACCACUAAUUCCUAUAAUUUACAGUGUUAAAUAACACUAAUAUGUGAGAACAAUAUUUUCUGUGAUUCAUUUUUCAAGUCAAGUUUUUAUUAUCACGUGCACAAGUACAGUGAAAUGCCUUUCUUGCUUGCUCUUUCCCAACAAUGCAGUAAUAAUCAAUAUCAGUAGUACUAUAAAUGUUUUAAUAAAAAAGUCAAGUAGAACAAAAACACACAAGAAAUGUGAAUAAGAAGAGAACACAAGAACACAAGAAAGUAAGUAAGUUAUAUACAGGGUCAGUUCCAGGGUCAGUGCCAAUACCAUAUUUACAAUGUGCUAGGAUACUGGAGUGAUGGGGUUAAAUAUGUAUAGGGGUAAGGUGACUAGGCAUCAGGAUAUAUGAUAAACAGAGAAGCAGCAGUGUAUAUGAUGAUGAUUGUAUGCGAGUGUGUGUGUAGAGUCAGUAUGGAUCUGUGUGCGUGCUAUGUUUGUGUGAACAAAUUGUGUGUGUGUUGGUGUUUCAGUGUGAGUGAUGUGUAGAGUGUUCAUAGAGUCAGUGCAAAUAUAAAAAUAAAAUAGUAGGGUCAAUGCACAUAGUCUGUGUAGCCAUUUUGUUAGCUAUGUAGCAGUGUUAUGGCUUGAGGAUAGAAGCUGUUCAGGAGCCUGUUGGUGUCAGACUUGUUGCUACGGUACCGCUUUCCGUGCGGAAGCAGAGAGAACAGUCUAUGGCUUGGGUGGCUGGAGUCUUUAACAAUUUUCCUGGCCUUCCUUUCACACCACCUGAUAUGUUGUUAUAAUAAGGUUGGUAGAAACGUGAAAAUCUUUUGCAGCGUAAGUCGACUACAAAACCCACAAUGCAAUAGCUAGCAAAGGUAGCUACACACAAUAAUACCAAAGUCAAUAUCAGCAUGUGAAGUAGCUACAGUAGUCAGCUGUAAAAUCUCCUUAACAAACUGCACUAUAAAUUUAGGAGUUUACAAUCUCACCAUGUUCAACCUGCCAGCCUGGUCUCAUAGACUAAACGUAACAUAGUAAAUGUAAUUCAGAGAAACUCAAAUGAGUAUGAUAUGUUACGUUUGGUAUGGUUACAUAAGACAGAUGGUUACUUAAGGCAAAAACUAAAGUAGCUUGGUUGGUCGGCGUAUAACGCGAACGUCUAGCAACCCAAAAGUUGCGAGUUUGAAUCUCAUCACUGACAACUCCUCUGUAGCUCAGCUGGUAGAGCACGGCGCUUGUAACGCCAAGGUAGUGGGUUCGAUCCCCGGGACCACCCAUACACAAAAAAAAUUAUGCACGCAUGACUGUAAGUCGCUUUGGAUAAAAGCGUCUGCUAAAAUGGCAUAUUUAUUAACUUUAGCAUUUUAGCUAAUUAGCAACUUUUCAACUACUUACUACUUUUUAGCUACUUUGCAACUACUUAGCAUGUUAGCUAACAAAUUAAUACAUACCAUAUGAAACGUAAAAUAUCAUACUAAAUGGAGUGUCUCGGAUUUCCGUACAGAAUAAUACGAAUAUGAAUGCUUUGAGACCAGAUUGAGCAUUGUGAUAAAGCUGCACUACCUACACUGGAAGUUAAUUGAAAUAUGACUUUUAAAUCGCGAAAACGUCUGUCAUACCUCAGAUUUCAAUACUGGCCGAUGUCAUAAACCUGGAUGUUGUCUUCUCGCUCGAAUGAACCAUUGAUGAUAUUUUUGCGAUAUUCCUACCUCGAGAAAUUUGUAAUUUAACAGAGGUUCACCACAUUUCUCCUAUUUUUCUGCUUCAGUCCAUGGUCUUUAGCUUAGUGCUGUUGCGAACUUCAGACGUCAAUCUGCAGCUGCUGGGAAGGGUUAGGUUUAGGGGAAGGGUUAGCUAACAUACUAAGUAGUUGAAAAGUUGAUAAUUAGCUAAAAUGCUAAAGUUGUCAGUGUUGAGAUUCGAAUUCGCAACCUUUUGGUUGCUAGACGUUCACGUUAUAUGCCAACCAACCACCCUACUUUCAUUUUUGCCUUAAGGAACAAUCUGUCUGAUGUAACCAUACCAAACGUAACAUAUCAUACUAAUUUGAGUGUUUCGGAUUUUACAAUAACUAUGUUACAUCUAGUCUAUGAUACCAGGCUGCAAUGCUAUGUCAUACCGGCUGUAUUUCUGCCUGUGUCAAUGGCUGGAGCUCAGAUACACAUGAAAACAUGAAAUGACCCCAGGAAUCGAUAGAACAUUGCUCAGAGAUACACAAAUAUGAUAUAACAUUCAGAAUCGAUGAAUCUUUCUUUUAAUUUGACCCUCCUCUCAGCAGGAAAAUAAUCCUGCAGCAACAGGAAAUGUGAAUUAAAAUGUGGAUUAUAAAUAAUCUACAUUUUUGUAGGGGUUGAUACAUUUUUCGUUAGGGAAAAUCAAGUCGCUCUCUUUCCACCCAUCUCUAAGUCCACUCAUUCCUUUCCUCUUCAUUCAGCUCAACAUGUCGCAAUGCAUCUGUCCUUCUUUCCCACUGGCUUUUCACACAGUGUUCCUUCUGUCUACAUUUCUCUUUUCUUAUAUUUUUGUGCUCUCUCUCUAUCUCGCUACCUCUCUCUCUCUGCCUGUUACUGUGACUAUUUCUCGCUUAUCUUAUCCUUUAUUUUCUUAUAGUUUUUCCUCUGUCCUUUCUCUCCCACCCAUCUCUCCCUUUCCUCCCUCUCUCCAGUGUGUACGUCUCGCUGUCAGAAGUUCCUGAUCUCUCGUGUGGGCGAGGACUGGAUCUUUCUCAUCCUCCUGGGUCUGGUCAUGGCCCUGGUCAGCUGGGUGAUGGACUAUGCUAUCGCCUUCUGUCAGCAAGGUGAGAGAGAGUGAUGAAGUGGGAAGGAAAGGGAGGGAGGGAGGGAGAAAGGGCGGGGGAGAGAGAGAGAAGGAUGUAUCCUUGGGUCUAGUCAUGGCCCUGGUCACAGUGGUCAGCUAGGUGAUGGACUAAGCCCUAGGGAAUGGAAGGAGGGAGAGAAGAGAGAACGGGAGGGAGAAGAAGAGAAAGGUAGCUGGCGGGAGAGCGGGAGAAAUAUUCCUAGCUCCCCUAGUGUCAAAAAGUUUAUUUAAUUGGUUUUAUAUAUCUCUGUGUGUCUGUGCAGCUCAGAAGUGGAUGUAUGGGGGACUGGACAGUAACAUGCUCCUGCAGUACCUGGCAUGGGUCACCUACCCCGUGGUGCUCAUUACUUUCUCAGCAGGGUUCACACAGAUACUGUCCCCGCAGGCUGUGGGUAAGAGACACACUCACGCUCAAGUGUGACACACACACAAGUACAUGAAUGGGCACGCAGACACACACACACACACACAUAUACUCUCUCAUUCAAUUUCAUCUCACACCUACAUUCAUUGCUAAUCAUGCACACUCAUAUAUUUAAAUACCUCAUUUGCAUACAGAAUGAAACACUGUGCAUGAUUGUUUAAAGGUCACAGAUGUAUGGAGUGGACUCAGUUCACAUGAGUAGUUGGCAAAAGUUAUACAACUUCAGGACAUCCUUGACUAUAUCCUUGAAACCGCUAGUACUAACAGCCUUGAAUACAUACAUAAUCUGGAAGUUGAUCCAUGAAUAUACAUUUUACUCCCUCUCCUUCUCUCCCUCCUCCGACCCUCUCCUCUCCCAUCUCUCCUCUUCCUACUUUCUGUCCUCCUCCUCUUUCUCAGGUUCGGGUAUCCCAGAGAUGAAGACCAUUCUGAGAGGCGUAGUACUGAAGGAGUAUCUCACCUUUAAAACCUUUGUGGCCAAAGUUAUCGGGCUGACCUGUGCUCUGGGCAGUGGCAUGCCCCUGGGAAAGGAGGUGGGAAACCCAUAGGAGACUGUUACGGAAUGAAAGUGAAAUGUUUGAAAUUCCUGGGCCCGUAUUUAUAAAGCAUCUCAGAGUAGAAGUGCUGAUCUAGGAGCAGUUUUGCCUUUAGAUCAUAAUGAAUAAAGUUAUGGACAGGGGGCGACCAGUUCUGCCUUCUUUUUUUCUCCCUUUCCCUUUCCCCCUCAUCCUCUGACCCCUACCCCUCCAUCUCUCCCUUUCUCCCUCAUCCUCUGACCCCUACCCCUCCAUCUCUCCCUUUCUCCCUCAUCCUCUGACCCCUACCCCUCCAUCUCUCCCUUUCCCCCUCAUCCUCUGACCCUAUUCCUCCAUCUCUCCCUUUCCCCCUCAUCCUCUGACCCUACCCCUCCAUCUCUCUCUUUCCCCCUCCCCCUCCCUAAUCCUCUGAUCCCUACCCCUCCAUCUCUCUCUUUCUCUCUCUCUCUCCUCUGAUCUCUCUCUCAGGGCCCGUUCGUUCAUGUGGCCAGUCUGUGUGCAGCCCUCCUGAGCAAGUUCUUGGCUGCCUUGUUUGGUGGAAUCUACAAGGUGAGAGACCCCCCCCCCCCCACACACACACCCUAACCUUUAACCCUGCACACAUGCUUACUCCCACUCAAUUUGGUUUUAGUAUCUGUGUGAUACCUGUCUGACCAGCCUGCCACUCCUCCAGGACCCACUCUCACCCCCACUCACCUGAGUCCAACGCUUGGCUCCAAUCUGGCUCCUGUCUGUGGUUCUCAGUCUGCCAAGAGAUUACUUUCUCUGCCAUACACCACCCAAGAUUUGGAGGAGGAGGCGAAGGAGGAGGAAAAGGAGGAGGAGGAGAAGAAAGAGGGGGAGGGAAAGGGAGAAGAAGGAAGAAAGUGUCAAGUUUACUUUAUAGAGCUUCCAUAUUGAUCAGUGUCAGGGCUCAAUCCAUUUGAACCCAGUCACUAUAGGAGAUUGCAUUUACUUUCUGUCCAAAAACCAAAGCAACGAUGCAUUAAAGAGAAUAUCCCAGAAGAUUUUGGUCUCUGCUUUUCUUCAUUUGAACUCUUAGGUACUCACUCAGAUUUCUGUCUUUUCCCACUUACUGCUUAAGGAAGAGCCCUUUGAGGGAAACAAGGUACGAGUGCACGUGUGUCUAAGUAUGUGCACCUCUCAGAGUUUCCACUUUUCAUGUACACAUGUUGGAGCGUCAUCUGAGCACCAUUCCAUUUCUAAUCAAGGAUUUCUAUUAUAUUCUAUGUGAAUGACACAUGACAUGCAUGACAUCUCCCUUUGCUUCAUGUUAUUCUGUUCAUUCUAACAUUCCCCUCUGUGACUCCAUUACAUUCCAAUGCCCUUGGCCUUCCCUUUUUACCAGAAAUGUGUAUAUUUGUAUGUGUGUUUACAUGUGUGUAUGUAUGUACUAUGUGUGCUUGCACAUACGUGUGUGUGUGUGUUCCUAUUCCUACAGAAUGAGCUGAGGAACACUGAGAUGCUAUCAGCAGCGUGUGCAGUGGGGGUAGGUUGCUGCUUCGCUGCCCCCAUUGGAGGUAAUUAGAAUAUACUUUGGGUGAGAAAUACAAUAAGUGAAAGAAUGAUAUUACUGCAACAGUGAUUGUGUGUGUGUUGCAGGUGUGCUCUUCAGCAUUGAGGUAACGUCUACGUUCUUUGCGGUGAGGAACUACUGGAGGGGCUUCUUCGCUGCCACCUUCAGCGCCUUCAUCUUCAGAGUACUGGCUGUGUGGAACCAGGACGAAGGUGAGGAGGUGUGUGUGAGUGUGUGUGGGGGGGGGGAGUGCCUUGGGUCUGGGUCACUGAGCCAGUAGUUAGUCAGAGGUGACUCAUGAACCUCCCGAGUGGCGCAGUGGUCUAAGGCACUGCAUCGCAGUGCUAGCUGUGCCACUAGAGAUCCUGGUUCGAAUCCAGGCUCUGUCGUAGCCGGCCGCGACCGGGAGACCCAUGGGGCGGCGCACAAUUGGCCCAGUGUCAUCCAGGGUAGGGGAGGGAAUGGCCGGCAGGGAUGUAGCUCAGUUGGUAGAGCAUGGCGUUUGCAACGCCAGGGUUGUGGGUUCGAUUCCCAUGGGGGGCCAGUAUGAAAAAUAAGAAAAUUAUGUAUGCACUCACUAACUGUAAGUCGCUCUGGAUAAGAGCGUCUGCUAAAUGACGUAAAUGUAAUGUUAUUCUCCCUAUUUCUGUCGCUCUAUGUCUGUCCUUCUCUCAGAGACCAUCACAGCCCUCUUUAAGACACGUUUCCGUCUGGACUUCCCCUUUGACCUCCAGGAGCUGCCAGCCUUCGCCAUUCUGGGGUACGGGUUUGUUGUGUGUCUUUUGUGUCCAACACACCCAGGUCUGACUCCUCCUCAUUCUGAUCACUUCAAUGGCUAUUGAACUAGAAUGGUGUGUGACUCUGUCCCCUCUCCUCCUCAGGAUUGCAUGUGGUUUUGGUGGGGCUCUCUUUGUCUACCUGAACAGACUGAUAGUAGAGUGUAUGAGGAAACAGAAGACAAUCAACAAGUUCCUGCUCAGGAAGUGAGUCUAAUACAAACACGCACACACACACACAACUUCAUACACUGCUACACACACACACUAAACACACACACACACAGUGCCGGCUCGCCCUAUAUGUGGACUACGCACUGCGCGUCGGAGGCCCAGACAAAAAUACAAAUAAAUACGUUUUUUGAGAAAGAGAGUUUGAAAGAAAACACUUUUGAGAGUUGGAAUUCUAGAAUACACAAGGUGCAGUACGACUACAAAUGAACUAACAUUCUCUCAAGUCAUGUUUUGGGCCCAAGGGUCGUGAGGUGUGAGGCCCCAACCAAAUCUCGCUUUGGGCCCGCAAAUGGCUAGAGCCCUGAGUUCUUUCAUACAUGAACAGCAGUAUAUUAUAGAGAAGAUAAACACUGUAAAACAGAAUGGGAGCACCUGAGCAACAACCACUUUUUUUACCAGAAAAUGAUCAUGAUCCAUUGGGUAAUUUGUUAUUUUCAAUGAUUAGUAAUGUUUUGAGCUAGUAGAUAUGUCCAUUUUAUAUAUGAUAUAAUAAUGAACAGAUUGCAUUUUGCAUCCCCGUCACCUCAAGAUGAAUGGUUUUGACCACUGGAAAGUUUUACUUCGCUCCCGCACGCCACUGUUUUAGUUCAGUGCAGGUAGACAGCACUACUGUAGUUGCACCACUGGUGUAUAAAAUGAAAGGGCACCUACAAAAUAUUUUUUUUACAUCUAUUUUGUUGUGCUGUUAUAUUUGUAUCGUUGUUUCAUGUCCGAUGGUGUUGGUCCUAUGGUGGUGGUCCAAUGGUGUUGGUCCAAUGGUGUUGUUACAUAUCAUUUGAGCAGCGUGCACCACGAGCAAAUUCACUUUUCAUGAUGAACAUGGCCCGGGCAUGUCUUGGCUUUGCUGUAUUGCAGCCUCUGACUCUGCCUUCCAUCAGCCUACCAAAAGUUGCACCUUUGCAGACAACUGCAUGUCCGGUAGGUAGCUCACAAUUGAGAAAUAAUCAGUAGGCCUAAUAUUACAUGAUUAAAUCUGUGAAAUAGUUUUCCUCCCCAAGCUGUUUACAGGCAUUUAACACCAGUCUGCAGUUUGCCAUCUAUUUCCCAACAUCAAUCGUUUAAAUCACAUUGUUCAAAUAUUUUCAUUCAGUUACAAAAGUAACAGUCCUGGGUGAGCCCCAUAUGCGAGCCCACCAUGGCCGCUUUGAGGUUACAAUGUAGCCAAGAUGUAUGCGCCAAAUGAAAAAGCAUAGGAUAAUUUGUACAGUAUGUAGAUAAAAAAAACAGCUCUGCUUGUCUUGGUAAGGGACAGAUCGAAAUUUACUGGGAGGAGGGGCUGGUCCAACUCAAGGUGUCUCAAGGUGGUCCUCUGUAGCUCAGCUGGUAGAGCACGGCGCUUGUAACGCCAAGGUAGUGGGUUCGAUCCCCGGGACCACCCAUACACAAAAAUGUAUGCACGCACGACUGUAAGUCGCUUUGGAUAAAAGCGUCUGCUAAAUGGCAUAUUAUAUUAUUAUUAUUAUUAUAUAUUAUAUUAUAUAUAAUUAUUAUUAUUAUAAAAUAAAUAAUGCACCCCCCUCUCCAAAGUAAAAUAUUUUCACAUGACCUUCAACUUGUACUGUAAAAUAAAUGUAACAACCUCCCCCUCAUAGAAUUAACUCAAAAUAAUGUUUACAACCACAAAUAACAAAAACUGUAGCGACCCUGUGUUUAUAAAUGUAGAUAUCGACUUUGCCACUUCAGCAUGCUUUUGUGGCACAGUCGCAGGGGUACGGGCCAGAAGGUUGACGGUUCGCCGACCACCACAGAUGAGCUCACUCUCCCUGCCUGUUUCAUUACAUUACGAUCAGCCGGCUGCAGACAAUGAUCAACUAGGGUCAAAUCAGAUUUUUUACAUUGUGAUGCCAUAUUUAUAAUUAUAUAAAAUAUAUGCAACACAUUUUCCAGCAACAGGUUUCUGUGCCAAUGCACCACACAAUCAAUAAACAAAGCAUACUGACUUCGGGCACUUCAAUAUCAUGGUUUGCGUUUAACACCAUAAUAAAUAGAGUAUGUCAAUCUGGACAAACAGAAAAUACAUCCCUCCCUGCCUUGUAGGCUUACCCAGUAUAGAAGGCUUGGCUUGACAAUCUCCGAAUGUCAUUAAACAUUUUUGGUGUUUUGUAACAGAUGUCUCUUUCCAUUCAUCAAUUGGCCGCUGCACAGUUUGGAUAGAUUGAUUUUAUUAGUACACAAAGAUUUAUACACAGAUUUUUUUAAGUGACCGGGAUUGCACAAUAAAGUCGGGGACUUAUUUCUAUCGUGGCCCCUAUUUUUUACAUAAAUACAUAUACAAUUACAUAGAUACAGACACAUUACAGAGAAAGAGACAAAUGCUCAACCCCCAGAAGAGUAUGAGGGGGGAGUUUAAGUACAAUUCUUACAAGCUUGUUUGGCUGGUAGCUUAUUCUUUCGAUGUUUGGAGCUGCUGGUGAACCAUGAUAUGCAGGCAUAAUCAAAGUGACACUGGACUAGCGCACUUGCCAGAGUCUUUAGGGUGUAUAUAGGUAGGUUACCAUCCAAUUGGCGACAUAUUUCAUGUGAAUAUUCUAAAAUCUUCACAAAAACAAUAUGCAAUUUCAGAGUUUCCUUCAGGAAAAUUUGGUGCUGGACAACAUGACAUGGAAGAUUUUAAUUUACAGGACAUAUGAGACAUUUUAUGGACAUCCAUAUGCAUUCAGAUCCAACCUGGCUCAGCCAGCACCAUCAAUAAACAAGGGAUGUUGGCCAAAUGAGCCACAUUUACGUGUCCUUAAAAACAGCCUAUAACAAAUUACAAAAACACUAUUCCUUGUGUUUCGAUGUGUAGCAUAUGCAACUUUAUAUCCUAUUUGGGGUUUUUUCUUUAGGUACUUUCCUAAAACAAUAAUUGUUCACCUCACGGUUCAGCUGUCAGAGAUUUGAGCAGUAAAUGUAUCAGGGCAUUGCAUGCAAAGGCUUAGGUGUCUACUGUAUGAUCUUAUUUUAAUAGGCUAUAUAUAUAUAUAUAUAUAUAUAUAUAUAUAAAUAUAAAUAAAGGAAGAGAAGGAAGAGAAGCUUAGGCCUAACCCCAGAGAGAUAGAGAUAUGCCGGUGGCAUGCUACGACACCGACAUGUAUUUUUAUUUUUUUUAUGUCAGAUGGCUACUACGUCUUCUAUACAGAUAUAGACGUACAGAAGGAGGGUAAUUCGUUAAUUUUCAAUCCAAAUAUUUUAUAUCAAGAUAAGCAUUAUAUUAUUAGAUUAUAGGAGUAACUCUGGUAGGCCUGAAACAGUCUUCCUCACCUCAAGUGUCGGAGUCAGUUGGAGCGCCAGGUCACACUGCCUUCAUAUCAUAGGCCUGCAGUAGCUAAAGCUUAAUAAUAGCCACACCAUACCAAACCUUCACAAAUGUUUCUGAAGUUUAUUAGGGUAAUAUCAAAAGUAAGUCAAGCCAUUGUUUAUAGGGAAAAUACGAGCAGAAGACAGAAUGUAAACAUGGGAAAUAACGCACUACCCUCCCCUGUGCCCCAAAAACCCUCCCCAAAGCAAAAAAAAAAAGUUUGAUAACCCUCCCCUAUUUUGGACCACCCUUCCCCCCAGUAAAUGUUGAGCUGUCCCUAAGUAAUAUCGACAAAAUAAGCCAUUUCUAAUAUAUGCAUGCUGCUAAGACAAGUUAAUUUGAAACAUUUUCAUGGUGACAUUGCUUCAGCGCCAAAAAGAAGUCCAUGUCGGAGGAAAAGCAGAAUGGGCCAUUAGUCCCCUGUAGCUCAGUUGGUAGAGCAUGGCGCUUGCAACGCCAGGGUUGUGGGUUCGUUUCCCACGGGGGGCCAGUAUGAAAAUGUAUGCACUCACUAACUGUAAGUCAUACUGGAUAAGAGCGUCUGCUAAAUGACUAAAAUGUAAAAAAAUAUAUAUAUAUAUUAAUGUGCUUGCUGGGAAUACGAUUUUGUUAUUCCUCAUACUUUUCAUGAUUAUUCAGUUUCUUCACGAUUUGUUGUAAAAUAUGUAGCCUACUCACUGUGGUUGUUGUUCAAAAUUACAAUUUUCAAAUAAUUGAUAGUAGCCUAGUCCUGUAACUGCAGGCUACAGAUUUGUUCAAAUGUAAAAAACCUUUUUUCUCUCAUCUUAAAAAGACAAGAUUCUCAAGAUAGGCUACUGUAGAAUGAUUUAUGUUAAAAUUGUGGGGUGUUAAGAACCAAAAUGCAAUUACAUUAUGUACGCAGUGCUGUUCUUUGUUUCUAUUGAUCAAAUUAGGCCUACACAAUAACAAAAUAUGCAGGCUGUAUAUGAGUAGCUCGCAAAAAAAGGUUUUAUAUGAAGUAGUCUUUAUAAAAUAAAUGGUUGGAGACCCCUGCUCUAGCCCAAACUGUUCAAAUAUGACCCAUAUUACCGGAGCUACAUUUUAUUAUUUUUAUUGCAGAUUCAGGGCCACAAUUUAUGGAUAUAUAUAUAUAUAUAUAUAUAUAUAUAUAGCUGCCAAAAGAAAUCACAUUUGAUCAUUAUAAUUAAUAAUAAGUUUGCAAUAUUGUUUUUAUGUGAACAUAAUCAAUUAACUCAAGUUUGCAUUUUCAAGUUGACAGUUCUUGUUCAAAGCCCUACCAGAUAACACUAGCAUCUUGAGAAAGAAAAUUGUUAAAAGAUAACUCAAGUUCACAUUAGUAAUUGUACUAAAUUAUUGUGAUUUCAUUAUUUGUGACAAAAAGAAGAUGAAAACACAAUGUGCAAUUUAACAAUGCUUUUUCUUAACCUAGCAAGUGCAAAAUUCUAAUUCAAAUCCUUAUUGGCUAAAACAAUAUUAUUCCUCCCAUUUUUUUAUUAAUUUCCUCAUUGUCGUGUUAUCCUGGCCACAUUCUUAACAGUUUGGCCUGUCAAUCAAUCACUGUGGGUGGUUUUAAAAAAAAUUUAAAAAUGGUAAGAUUUUGCACCCCCACUUUCAGACAAAGUCAGGUGCCCAUAGCGACACACACACACACACACACACGCACGCUCGCUCGCUAACUCACUCACACACUCACACUAAUGAACCCACAGCUCUUCUCUCCAUGUCAGACGCCUGGUGUAUCCUGCCAUGGUCACCUUGAUCAUCUCAACCCUCACCUUCCCCCCUGGGUUUGGACAGUUCAUGGCUGGACAGGUCAGAAGUUCCAAAUUUUUUAUAUCUGUGUCUGUGUAUCUGUCAACCGCACUGUGUAUGAUACACUUUUCAAAAUAUAAGACCAGGGAUGCAUCUCAAUUGUCUAAAACAGCUUCCUCUCCUUGUCCCCUUCAUAUUCUCUGAUAUGAAGGAUCAGUCCUGUGAUGUCUUCACCUAUCCUAUUCUCUUAGAUCAGUGAAGGGAAGGAGAUGAGGAAAGAAAGCCAAUUUAGACUAUUAAGAUUGGUACAGUAUAUCCCAGUCCUAACAGCUCUAUCUCGCCUUGUCUCCUCAGCUGACGCAGCAUGAGUCCCUGGUGGCGUUGUUGGACAACCGAACAUGGUGUCGCCAGGGCGUUGCCGAGGAGUUUGACUACAUCAGCCACUCCCACGCCUGGAAACACCCCCAGGUUAACGUCUUCAUCACUCUCAUCCUCUUCAUCGUCAUGAAGGUACGUGUUCAUUUAUUUGAGAUAGAGAGAGUGUGCAGAGUGUGUUUAGGAUAGGAUUCUUAUUUACAAUGAUGGCCUGUUUUGGUGUGAAUCUAUGAAUGUUAUGCCCCAGUGUGUCUGUUUUCAGUUUCCUCUAUUAACCUUCUCUCUCACACACUAGUUCUACCUUUAUCUCUCGCUCCUCAGUUCUGGAUGUCUGCAGUAGCUACCACCAUGCCUGUGCCGUGUGGGGCCUUCAUGCCAGUUUUCCUCAUUGGUAAGUCACUUGCUGUGUGUACAAAUGUGUGUAUUUAGCCAUACACACUAAAAACACUAACACUUUAUGUAUGUGAUGUGCAGGUGCGGCAUUUGGACGUCUGGUAGGAGAGACCAUGGCAGUCAUGUUCCCUGAUGGCAUCCAUGCCGAUGGCAGUGUCUAUCCUAUAGUGCCUGGCGGCUAUGCUGUAGUGGGUGAGUACAUCACCAGUUGCAUUAAAACAAACCUGUUUUUUUGCUUUCAAGGCCCCAUUACAGCUCUAACAUCUCCACUUGGCUGAAUCCAAUCCUGAGACUACUGAACUUAACCAUAGGCCCCUCCAUUUUGGCUCUCUCUGAUGUGAUUGAAACUGCAGGCGGUGCACCACCAGUUGCACUAAAACCAACCUGUUUUUUCAUCUUCAAGGCCUCAUUACGGCUAUUUUGUAUCUACUUAUGGGCACCAUCUUGGCUCUUUCUGUUCUCUAAGGUGAUUGAAAAUGCAGACGGGUGUGAUGCCGAAGCUAUUUUUGUCAAUUGUGCUAGCUUAUUGAAUGUGACUGAUGAAAAUGUAUUCUGUUACGAUAGAGCAGAUAAGCAGGUUUUGGAUUGAAAAUGAAAUCAUUUUCUGCUCCUCAUUGAUUUGAUUGGUUAGUAGAACAUCAAAGGGACAAAACCUUGAACAAUUCAUUUUUAUUUUUGGGCAUAAAAGACUUGUUGGAUAAAUGUAACUAGUACAAUCCCAUCACAAAUCACUAGCUUGAGCUUUCAUUUGUUUUGUUGUCUAAAACAGUAUAGCUAACAAAUACACUUACAGUAGCAUUGAAAACCCGUACACCAUCUAUUGCUUAUGAAACAGUAUUUUGUGGAGAGAUGUAAUGAAUUAAAUGUGGACUCACCCACUACUCCAGAGGCACUGCACUUUGGCUGUGCUACCAGCCUUUCUGUACUCUCUGUAGUUGUAAAAAAAAAAAAAAAAAGAAGACAAAUGUCACUUUCCACCACUUUGGACAAAGUCAUAUUCAUCAUCAUCCAUACUGCGUAUCCCUCCUCCCCAGGUGCGGCGGCGUUGUCAGGGGCAGUGACUCACACGGUGUCGACAGCAGUCAUCGUGUUUGAGCUGACGGGUCAGAUCAGCCACAUCCUGCCAGUAAUGAUAGCGGUGAUCCUGGCUAACGCCGUAGCCCAGUCCCUCCAGCCCUCACUAUACGACUCUAUCAUCAGGAUCAAGAAACUACCCUACCUCCCUGAACUGGGCAUGGGGCACCAUGAGUGAGUCCGUCUGUCCAUCUUUCCUUUGUUUACGUCUCUAUCUCCCUUGCUGUCUGUUACUCCCUUUAUUCUUUAUUCUCUUAUGCUUUCAACUGUCUUCAAGACUGACUCUCUCUUCUUAACAUUAUUUAUUGUCCUCUAUUCGUCUAUCUCCUAUUUCAUUCUUACCACUUCUUCUUCUGCUCUCUUCUCCUCCUCUCCUUCAGGAAGUAUAACAUCCGUGUGGAGGACAUCAUGGUUAGAGACGUACGUUACAUCACUCUCUCCUCCUCCUACCGAGACGUACAGGAGGUCCUGAUGACUGGACAGCUGAAAACACUGGCCCUGGUUGAGUCCACAGGUAAGGGUACGUGUGCAACUGCACAUCUAUAGUCAGCUAUAAAUCCAAGAUGCAUCCUUCCUCCAUGACACCAUGACACAUGUCUCCCUCUCUACUGCUUCUCUUCUCUCCCGUGUCUUUCACUUCUUCCAGCUUUUUGUUUUGGUGUCCUAUUCCAUCUAUUCCGUAUUCUGCUUAUUACUCUCCUUUACUGUUUCCUCUUUCUGUCCUCUCUUUUCUCCCCUAUUCCCUGCACCCCUUUUCUCUUCCUCUUUCUCCUCUCCCUUAUUCUCCUUUGCUCUUUUCUCUCCUAUUUUGUCACUUUUCCUCUCUCUAUCUUCCUAUCACACUCUCCACCCUUCCCCUCUCUCCCUCCCUCCCUCCCUCUCUCUCUCUGUCCCUCAGACUCUAUGAUCCUGUUGGGUUCUAUAGAGCGAUGCCAGCUCCAGGCACUCCUGUCCCUCCAGCUGGGUCCAUUGCGCAGGCUAGACCACCUCCGGAGGCAUGCCCAGGACAACGGCACACACACACACACACUGGGCACACACACACACCUGACCAGCCUGGACACCAUGGACAGUCCUCCCAGCCCACCCUGCACACACACACACUCCUACACCUCCAAUACCAGCGCACGCCAUGGGGUUCGCUUCCUGGUGAGUGUAGCAGAGGUGAGUCGGACUCACGCUCACGUGAGGAGGUAGCCCUGCCUGCGACUUAAAGUCACUGUUACCAUCGAGGGUGGUGAGGGUGUUGGGUAGUUUGGGUAAAGUUUAUUACACAUAAUGUGUGGAUGUGUAUUUGGAUGGACAGAUAUUGGUUACAGUAAAUGUGUGAGUGAAGUGUGUGUUUGUCAGGGUGUGUGUUAGGAUAGGUGUGUGUGUAAGUACAGUAGGUGUGUGGGACUGGUUUGGUAGGGGACGUCUGUGAAGUUUGUCUAAUGGGGUCUUACAUUAUGUGGGGCAUCUUCAGUACUUCAGUAUGCCUUCUACUGUCUACAGUACCUCUAACCACUGUAUAUUGUGUGUAUAUUGUCUGUAUAUUGUCUGUAUAUUGUGUGUCUCUAUUUAGAUCUCAACAGAGGAGUCCUCCUUCAGUGCAGCUGUGUCCAACUCUCAGCUGCCACUCAAGUCUGCUAUGAAAACUGUCCCUAAUAUUCACAACACAGAAGCACCCAACAGCAUACACACUCUCUCAAUUAAUAGAGACACGCCGACUCCCUCUCCUCUCUCAGGCUCUCAGCAGACUCUCUCCUGUGGUGACCCUGAGAGAGAGCUACUUGAGGUGAGUGUGUGUGUGUUUGUGUGCAUGUGUCUGUGUGUGUGUGCGUGUGUACAUGCAUGUGUUUAUGUUUAUGUGUGUAUGCUUGUAUCCUCAUAUGCCUCCUUCCUUUACUUCCACUCUGUUCUCAGAGAAUCUUUAUUAACUUUAAGCCCCAGCGUUGCUGUAACAUAACAUUGCACCUCUCCUCCCUCUCCUUAGUAAGAGAAGCAAAACAAGCGUUCUGCGUUUUAGUAACAUUGUUUUCAUAUUUAUAUCACCCAUUAUCCGUCUCCUCUCUCCUUAUCAGCUGGUAAGCCCAUUAUAGAGUAUAAUGUUGCUGUAACGUUGUUUUUAGGUUGUGUUAACGUUGUGCUAACGUUGUGCUAACGUUGUGCUAUGUUAAUCCCUUCUCUCCCUGGCUUUAAGAGCCCGGCAGAGCCAGAAGCUCCUGAGAGCAGGGGGCCCAAACGAGUCAGGAUCUCCAUGAUGGUGGUAAGACUGCCGCCCGCAUUAGAGUCCGUUGCUAAGUAACUGUUGCCUAGCGACCUAGCAUAGAGCAAGUGACCGACCAAAAUCGUUUUGGGUACUUCUACCAACCCAAAAUAUACUGUGGCUGUGUAGAGGGAGAGAAAUGAGAGGGAGAGAAGGAGAGAGGAAGGCAAAAUUGACCAAACCUGAGUUAAAUCAUUUUAGUGAUUCAGCGGAUUAUUUCGCCAAAAAAAGCUCAAUCAACAGUGACUCACAAAGCAAGCUGAGCAACAGCGUAGCUGCAGGGGCAGAAGCAUGCACUUUUGAUUGUGGUUAUGUGUUUGGUAUGUGUUGUUAGUCUUUCAUGCUCAUAUGCAGUGGCGGUAUGGAUUCAUUGUAUAUUUGUGUUUGUGUGUAUGUGGGUGUAACCACUGUCUCUCUUUCUUUUCAGGAGUCCCCAGAAGUAGAGGAUGACAUGACCACAAACGAAGUAAGACUGAACUCUCUCAUUGGUAAACUGGCGUGUCAGUCAAAAACAAAAAAUGCAGUGACUGUUGUGAGAGCUUUAUAGAUGUUCUUUAUUGGCUGAGUUUUUAAUCCAAUCCCACAGAUAGCGGAGUGGGAGGAGCAACAGCUUGACGAGCCAGUGGAUUUCAACAACUGCAAGAUAGACCCCGCCCCUUUUCAGCUUGUGGAGCGGACAUCUCUGCAUAAGGUGUGCCAUCAUCAGUUCACCUGUCACUCAAUCUACCUAUCUCUUACCGAUCUACCAAGCAACCCAACUGUCACGUCUUAGUUGUAAAGGUUUUUCUUGUGAGACUUGUGUUAUCGUUGUUUCACUGCCAAUGAAGGCAGACGUGAGCAGAGCAUCUGCUAAAUGACUCAAAUCUAGAAAUGUAACCAGACAUCAGGUGUCAGACAAUGGCUGAGUUCCAUCUCUAAAAAAUAUGUUCUCUUCCCUCUGCCCUUGAUGACUCCCCUUUGUUUGAUGGGGUUGGUGACAGAAAGUUGAUGACACACAGCUCCACUCGACAGGAGCCUUUCAUUACAAAUAGAAGUCUCUGCACUAGACUAUGGCAUUUUUGUAGUAGACAAUUUGUUCUCAAUGAUGUUUUACCCCCUCUCUUUCAUUCUCUCUCUCUCCAUCCCCUCUCUCUCUCCAGACUCACACCAUAUUCUCCCUGCUUGGGCUGGACCAUGCCUAUGUGACCAGUACAGGACGGCUGGUGGGAGUGGUCUCCCUCAGGGAGGUGGGUGUUCCUGUGCAUUAGAACCCUGAUGUCACGGUCUUGUAGUUACUGUGUAGUUAUUUGUAUUUUCAACACUGAUGUCAUCAUGCUAUGAUUGAUUGAGUGCACUUCACCUCAAAAUCACCACAAACACAUUAUUGAUAUGACAUCACAGGAACACUUCCUCUUUACUUUGGCUGUGAUUGUGUUAGAAUAUUGCCAUCACCUCAGAUCAGUCCUAAUGACAAUACUGUGCUUUAUGAAUCAGCAGCAAUCAAGGCUAAUCAAUCUGCUCAUUACAAAAGUUGAUGCAGAUUAAAGGUUGCCUUGGUAACAACCCAGUGCGCUUGGAGAUCUAAUCAAAAGCGUAAUAUGAAUCACUACUCUGUGUAUUCCAAAAUUACUUCAUAAUGUUCAAUUAUAUGUCUCUUGCUCUCUCUCGCUCGCUCUCUCUCUCUCCAAUCUUCUUUCCAUCCUCUCCCUAUUUUAUUCCUUUCCCUCUCCCUCCAAUCUACCUCUCCUCUCUCUGUCUAACUCUAGCUGCGUAAGGCCAUAGAGGGUUCAGUGACGGUGACAGGGGUGAAAGUUCGCCCCCCUCUGGCCAGUUUCCGUGACAGCGGCAACACCACCAGCAUUUCCGAGGUGACAGAGCUACACAAGCUUUGGAACCGCCACAGAGGCCUCUCAUUACCACGGGAACCCACCCCGCCCGACAUGGAGGACCAAUUGGACGUUACGCAUGAGGAGACCCCUGUCCACUUCAUACAGGACCAAUCAGAUAUGGAGUUUGAAACCAUCCCUGCUGACACUAUUGACCCACCAUCGGAAUUGAUUCUUCAGGAAAGCCUCUCAAUAACAGAGGACCAAACAGAGGAGUUUAUCUUAGAGUGCAGCCCUUCCCACACUGACGAAUCAGAGCUGGCCUGUGAUUUUGACCCCUCCCACCUCCCUGAGACUGACCAAUUGGAGCCGGUGAAGGAACAUGGAACCCCGCCCCAUGGAACCACGCCCCAGAACAUAGAGCAAAUGGACCAAUCAGAAUUGCAGUGUAAGCGAAGUCCCACCCGCACUGAGGACCAAUCGGAAUGA